AUGUCUACAAUUCAGAAAGAUCUUAUCUGUGAAGGAUUUGAAAUUCAACAGAAAAUACAACAACAUAAUGAUAACGAAAAAAACAGAACACCAUCAUCAACUUUAAAACGUCAUCCUACAAAUCACAGUCAACGUAAAGAUGAUCAAUAUACAGAUGAAUAUCAGGAUGAUGACAUGGAAUUUCAACAAAUAAAUUAUAAUAGGCAAAGAAAAAAACGAAUUAAUAAGGACAAGGAUCAACGAAUUCAUGCACGAAUGAUAAUUAAUUCAACUAUUAACCAUAAUAGGAACUUACAAACAACAGCAACAAAUAAUAAUAUUAUUAAAGAUAAUUUAGUUCGAAUAUCCAAGCACGCAUUAGAUUAUGCAUCUGAAUAUCAUCAUCAACCGAUUAAAAUUGAAAGUGAUCCAAAAUUAAACGAUUAA